CGUUUCAACAUCCCACACCACCCCAAAGACAUCCCUAUACAACACAUAUCUCAUACCCUAGCUAAUUAGCAAGGCUGCAAGUUUGUCUGAAAAUGGGUUCUAAGGCUAUUACAACCAUAGCUUUUCUAGUCUCUCUCAACCUUCUCUUCUUCACUAUGGUCACUUCAACAUAUGUCCCUUGCCCACCACCGCCACCAAAGACUCCAAAACAUCCUCCGGUAAAGCCACACCCGACCCCAGCGGCGCCUAAGCCCACCACUUGCCCCAAGGACACCCUUAAGCUAGGGGUGUGUGCCAACCUGUUGAAUGAUUUGGUGCACCUUGUUGUUGGAACUCCACCAAAGACACCCUGCUGCAGCCUCAUCCAGGGGCUUGCUGACGUGGAAGCUGCUGUUUGCCUUUGUACUGCCAUCAGGGCCAAUGUUUUGGGCAUCAAUCUUAAUGUCCCUGUCUCGUUGAGCUUGCUGCUCAAUUACUGUGGAAAGAAUGUUCCCACAGGCUUCCAAUGCGCUUAAUGGUGUUGAAGUCUCAUUUUUCUACUUGCUUCCUUUUAUAAUCUGAUUAUUUUCAUCAUUUCCCAUUAAUUUGGGCUUUCAAUUGGUUUAUUGGACUCUCAACUACUUGGCCUUCCACACUCUAGUGGCAAUAAAUUAAAGAGGCCAUUGUGGGGGAAACAAUAAAAUAUGUGUUUUUUCUAUAUGUAAAAUUCUCUUGAUGAAUAUGGUGCUUUCAAUA